AUGAGGAAAAGCUUUCUGGAGAAGGGGAGUCACGCCAUCCUGCUGGACCAGCAGGGGUGGACACUGGUGUUGGGGCCAGGAAAGCUUCUCCGAGCAAGUGGCCUGUCAGCCGACAUCCAAGGACCACAGUCCUACAAAGGCCUUCGGGUGGAAGGAGCUCAUCCACAGGAGGGAAAAAGGGCCAGAAGCACAGGCAGAGGAGUGAGUGAAGCAAACGCUGGAAGAAUCAGUGCCAGCACUUGGUGGGCUGGACUGGGGGUGGCGUGGGGCACCCUGGCCAGCCGGCUCGGCGUGGCGCACUGGGACCCCAGAGGAAGGCGGGAUGUGGGCGAGGCCACCCGUGCUGUCUCCCCAGGGGAUACAUCGGUCCUUGCGGGCGUAUACGGACCAGCCGAGGUGAAGGUCAGCAAAGAGAUCUUCAACAAGGCCACCCUGGAGGUGAUUCUGAGGCCGAAGAUCGGGCUGCCUGGCGUCGCUGAGAAGAGUCGGGAGCGGCUGAUCAGGAACACUUGUGAAGCAGUGGUAUUGGGAGCGCUGCACCCCCGUACCUCCAUUACUGUGGUGCUGCAGGUCGUCAGUGAUGCUGGCUCUCUCCUGGCCUGUUGCCUGAACGCUGCCUGCAUGGCAUUGGUGGAUGCAGGUGUGCCCAUGCGGGCCCUCUUCUGUGGGGUCACCUGUGCUCUGGACGCUGAGGGGACCCUCGUGCUGGACCCCACGGCCAAGCAGGAAAAGGAGGCCCGGGCCAUCCUGACCUUUGCCCUCGACAGUGUGGAACGGAAGCUGUUGAUGUCCACCACCAAGGGGCUCUACUCGGAUGCUGAGCUCCAGCAGUGCCUGGCCGCGGCCCAGGCUGCCUCGCAACACGUCUUCCGCUUCUACCGGGAAUCGCUGCAGAGACGUUACUCCAAGAGCUGAGGCAAGCCGGGGCAGGGCGCCCCUCCUGCCGCCACCCACUACCUCCAUGGAAAAUAAACCAGCAGCCUGGCCUCACCUCUCCAUCCCUGUGUGCCCGGAUGAGCUUGCGGGCCUGGGGGCACAGACCCACCCUCCCCUCCCCUUGAAGGCAUUUCCAAACUCAAAACCCAUCCCAUCCCGCCAGCCUGACAGAUACCUGUCGGGUACCCGCUCUGUGCAGACCCUGCUAGGUACUGGAGACUCAGCAGUGAAUGACCCCCAGGUUCAAGGAGCACUGGGGUGAUAGGCAAAGAAAAUCAGUGUCUGUCAGAUGGUGGUAAAUGCUGUGGAAAAAGCAGGAAGAGGGGUUGGGAGAGGCCAAAUUUAAUACAUCAGUCAGGGACAUCUUGAUGGAGUAUGGGAGACUUCCGAGGGAAGCCCAGGAGGAGGCCUGUGGAAGAGGGAGGAUCAGGUUCAGGGUGGCGCUGGUGUGCUGGAGCAGGGCAAGUAGGGACCAGGGAGGGAGGAGAUGGGUCAGGGAGGGAACAUGCACAAUGGGAGGGCCUCGUGGGUCUUGGCAUCCUUGCCUUACAAGAAGAAACCAGCUCAGAAGCCAGUUAGCUGCCACAUGUCAUCAGCUAGCUAAUGAUGGAGCAGGGGGCUUCUACUCAGAGUCCAGCCCCAGAGCCCUUCACCAUUCAGAUGAGCCCAAGAGACCCCAGCACGCUCCAGGCCACAGUUCCCCAUCUGUAAGCAGAAGCAGCUGGGGCCCGUCGGUCAGGUGUAUGGAAAUACGGGGAAGGGAGGUUUUAGCAGCCAUUUGACUGCUGUGUCCCCCACCCCCAUAUUUGGUGG